AUGGCUUCCGCAACUGCUCAGAAUCUCUCGUUCGUCCUGGAGGGAAUCCAUCAGGUUAAAUUCGAAGAUCGUCCAGUUCCGGAAUUGAAGAAUCCCCAUGAUGUCUUGAUUAAUGUGAAAUACACUGGUAUUUGUGGAAGUGAUGUACACUACUGGGAACACGGUGCGAUCGGUCAAUUCGUCGUUAAGGAUCCUAUGGUGCUAGGCCAUGAAUCCGCAGGUAUCAUCACCAAGGUCGGUUCCGCUGUGACCUCAUUGAAGGUCGGCGAUCGCGUCGCUAUGGAACCUGGUAUUGCCUGUCGUCGCUGCGAGCCCUGCAAGAGUGGAAAAUACAACUUGUGCAUCAAUAUGGCUUUCGCCGCUACCCCGCCGUACGAUGGUACUCUUGCCAAGUACUAUACCCUUCCCGAGGACUUCUGCUACAAGCUCCCUGAGAGUGUGUCUCUGCAAGAGGGUGCCCUGAUGGAACCUCUGAGUGUUGCUGUUCACAUUGUGCGCCAGGCUUCUGUGAGCCCCGGUCAAUCGGUCGUGGUAUUCGGUGCUGGCCCUGUGGGUCUACUGUGUUGUGCGGUGGCGACUGCUUUUGGAGCUUCGAAGGUUAUCGCUGUGGAUAUUCAGCAGCCCCGUCUUGACUUCGCGAAGCAAUAUGCUACUACCUCCACUUUCAUGCCGUCUAAGGUUUCUGCGCAGGAGAAUGCGCAGCGCUUGAUUGAGGAGAACGAUCUCGGAUUUGGUGCUGAUGUUGCUAUUGAUGCUUCUGGUGCUGAGCCCUCGGUGCACACUGGUAUUCAUGUUCUGCGUAAUGGUGGUACCUACGUGCAGGGUGGUAUGGGCCGAAGCGAGAUUCAGUUCCCCAUUAUGGCUGCUUGUUCCAAGGAGUUGACUCUCAAGGGUAGCUUCCGAUACGGUAGCGGUGACUAUAAGCUCGCUGUCGGCCUUGUUUCAUCUGGCAGAGUGGAUGUGAAGAAGUUGAUCACGGGCACAGUCAAGUUUGAGGAGGCAGAGCAAGCUUUCAAGGAAGUCAAGGCUGGAAAGGGAAUCAAGACCCUGAUUGCGGGAAUUGAUGUUUGA